AAAUUUACGUACAAAUUAUCUGAGCCUCCGCCGAUGGGCACCAACCAAACAAGUCGUUAGUAGAAAACACAGUCUGAAACUUUGAAUAGACCGACAAAAUAAAAAAAUAUAGUGACGCAGACAAAUCCACUUUAAAAAGUUUGACACAUUACACUUGAAUCAUAGACCCAGAACACACAAAAAUUCAGAAACAAGAGGGACAUUCCCGCCCCACCAAAUCAAACCCCAAACUUUAUUAUUUUUGGAUUUUUUCCCAUUUUAAUCCUAGAAAGAGAAAGAGUAGUUGAUAGAAAGAGAAAGGUAUUGAGUCAAAAAUGGCAGAUAGGAAAAGAGAAGAAGCAGGGUCAUCUUUAAUUUCUGGGGAAGAACACAAAGAGAAGAAUGUGGAAGAAGAAGUUGAUGAGUUUGCAAUUGAUGGGUCUUUUGCUAAGUUUGUUCCUCCCCCUCUUGUUCCUCUUCAACACCAUCUUGAGAAAGACAAGGAUGAUGAGAGCUUAAGGAGGUGGAAAGAGAAGCUACUAGGCUGUGUUGAAGGAGAUAUAAAUGGCCAAGUGGAACCUGAAGUUACAUUUCACUCCAUAGGAAUUAUAUCUGAUGAGCUUGGAGAAAAUAAUACUCCUUUGCCUUUGGACGAAAUCCAGGCCAGCAAAGUUCUGUUUUCACUCAAAGAGGGUUCUCAAUAUCGUUUUAAGCUAGCCUUCACCGUCAAGUACAACAUUGUCUCUGGUCUCACCUAUUCUAAUACCGUAUGGAGAGCAGGAAUUCAGGUGGAUCAAAGCGAGGGAAUGCUAGGCACCUUUGCUCCACAACAGCAACCCUAUGAACACCUCCUAGAUGAGGAGAUUACCCCGUCUGGGGCUCUAGCAAGAGGAGUUUACUUGGCAAAACUGAGGUUUGUGGAUGAUGACAAGAAAUGCCACAUGGAGCUAAGUUACACUUAUGAAAUUACAAGGAGAAGCUAGCUCAUACUCUCUGGGAGUCUCAUUGCACAUGUCUGUUAUGUUACUUUCAUUAUCGUGUGUAUAACAGGUUUAUGAUAAUUUCCGAAUGUUACAACUCAAGUCGUUGUUCCAUUGUUAAGGGAAAUACCUAUGAAUCUGAAACAUUGACAAGAACUCGGCCAUUAUUAGCUCCAAUCUAUUAAAGAAAUUGAAAAGAUAGUUUUACUACUUUGAAGUUA